AUGCCAAUUGAUAUCAUAGAUUCUUUGGUAAAAGCACUUGAAGAGCAGCUGAGUAAGGAUAAGAAAGCCAAUCGAACUACCAGGAAUUCUGUGUUUAAGAAAGCUAAGCAGCCAGGCCAGUACGUGAGCCAGCCAAUGGGAAAGCUAGUACUUUCAGUCAGUAGUUUCCGGUGUCAAUUCCAAGAGCAAAAGGAUAGGUUUUGGUUAGUUCGGUGCUCGGGUAAGCUUCUUCGGUGCCUACUCUCUCUGUCCCCGCCGCUCCUCGCACAAAGCUUCUUUUCCUUCUUGUCAAUCAAAGGAAAGAAACUACUGAUAACGUACAAGCUCAAAGUAAUUCUCUACUUACUCUUCGCUGCCCUCUCGACGGGCGAAGAACUAUCUAUUGAUGGACAGCUCACAAUUCAACUUGAAUCAAAAGCAGUUGACGACUUACCAUGGACGAAGAGAACCGGUUGGGUUGACACCAGCUCCAUAGAAAGUCAAAACGGAGUUCCUAGAAGGCAGGCCGAGUCCCCACUUCCCAUUACUCAGGCUCCUUCGGAGCGAAAACGAUUGGUCACCCAGGCCUUUCCUAUAUCCCUUGGCAAGCUAGUCGAACAAUGCAAUCUCGGACUUAUGAAAGUUUAUCUCCUAACGAAUGGUAAACUGGCUUUGCCAAACAGGCUUAUCCGGGCGACUGGUCGAUGGAAGGACGCUUGGCGAAUCAGUCCAGUUGACGACGCUGGAUCCAUGAGUUCUGAGCUGGAUUCGAUUUCGCCUCCUAAAUGCAUUCAUGUAAAAUUCAUGAAUUUUAUGGAUUUCGAAAGCAUCGUUCGGAAGCACUCCUUGGCAGACUAUCAGCUGUUCGCUGGCAGGACUGGUAAAUCCCUCCCUUUCGGAAAGGGGUUCGUUUUGGACCGAGCAGUUAACCCCGAGGAACGAGCCUUGUGUUCAGAGCGCUUUCCUCGAUCUAACUCGAGCGUAGAUAGAUAUUCGUCAGCAAUAGCUCUUUCACUUGUUCUUCAUCGUGAGGCCAGUUUUCUUGGUUGGAACGAUCUAUAUUAUUGGGUCUUCGAGAUCGAGGCGCUAGUCCAACUUUCCCGUCAGCAGCUCCUUUUCUCGCACCCAAAGGAUAUGGUCUUCCACUUCCACUGCCGGAAGGUGAAAGCCAAAGCAAGAGGUACCAAGCGUCGGAAACAAGAACAAGCCGCUUUGGGCGAGGAAGACCUAAGAUUGAGGGGAAACUCUUCCUUUACGCGCAAUAUUAGUAGCUACUCACCGACUACCCGAUUGAAUGGGAUUCCUAGACUACCCCAAUCACGACGACCACUCUUCCCUCUUGAGAUAUAUAGUCGAACUUACUCUUUAGCUCGAGACAUUAGGAUCAAUUCCCCAACUCCAACAUCUUUUUACGCAAUGCCUCUUUCUUUAGAACCUGAUCCAGACUUUAGGAGACUACUCCUCUUUAUCCUAGCCCGCUCUAAUGAUGGGUGGACGCGGAUCCUGAUCGAGGAUUUUGUAAUUAAGGGAGCAAAUGGAAAUGCUGGUUUGGUAGUCCUGUUCAAAAGAAAGGAGCCCUUGUAUCGGUUCUUCCGCUCGUUCCUUGGUGUUGGGAAUUGCCCAAUUUGGUAUUCUCAGGAAGUCGAUAAAGUGCGAGGUAUGAGUCAGUCGUCGAUCUUGCCCCUCAAGUGCAAGUGUUGUGGUGGACAAGCCGGAAAGCGAGCUGGAAUUCCACUGUUUUCGGAAGAUAAGAUAGCUUUGGAGUUCGGAUUCCAAGUUGGGUCUGGAAUUAGAAAUAUGGAGCACUUCCGAAAGUGUCUUCUGAAAUGGCAUAGAUAUAGAUUUCAUAUCAGGAGUUGGAAUACCCGAGAUAGGGCGGAGGCUGGAGCUGGUACUGAGAUCCUGUUUUCGUCGACAAGCCCGUUUGCUUUGGGAAAAGGAUCUUUACCUGAGGGCCGAGACUCCACUGAUUGA